GUGUAGUGACAGUAUGAGUACUACCGAACAGGUAUCCAUGGUAGUAGUGAUACGCCCGAGCCCAUGCUAUCCCACGCCGUCCCGCGCCGUCCCAUCUUCUCCCUCCGCCGCUCUCGCCCAAUUCCAUCCCUCCUUUCCAUUUAUCCUAUACUACCUCGAAUAUGUCCGCCCACGACGGCGUCUUAUCGAGAGACCGCACCCCGGCUCCCCUUCCCAGCACCGCUGCCCGCUACAUCCCACCGACUUGUACGGAAUGGGUCGAGUCGUCGAGCUCACACGUCCACAAGACCAAAUUACUGUCGAGGAGUCGACUGAACCUCCUAUAUGUGGCUAUACCGAUGCCGCGUCGAAUACUCCUCCUGGCCACAAAACCCAGGACAUCACAACAACAACCACUGCGAGCGUAGUGGACCGUUCGAAAUCGCCCGCCGACGAGAAGGGAGCCUCCUCUUACGUCGAAGGUGAGGACGGCGCCGAGCCUCACACGCUAUCGGCUGGGACUCUAGAGAAGCUCCUCGAGACCGACAUCCGCAAUGGCCUCGCCGGCAGUGAGGCUGCUCAUCGCCUGGAACAGGAUGGGCCGAACAGAGUGGAGGGAGCUCAAGGGUUAUCCGUGUGGAAGAUUCUCUUGAGACAGGUGUCCAACAGCUUAACCAUUGUCCUCAUCCUCGUCAUGGCCCUCUCCUUCGCCAUCAAUGACUUCAUCGAGGGCGGCGUUAUCGCCGCUGUCAUCGCGCUCAACAUCGUCGUAGGACUCGUACAGGAUUAUCGCGCCGAGCAGACCAUUCAGUCUCUCUACGCACUCUCCGCACCCACAUGCAAGGUUGUCCGCUCCGAGCAGUCCAUCACCGUGAAGGCCGAGUCGCUUGUCAAGGGCGACAUCGUCCUCCUAAACGUCGGCGACAUUGUGCCAGCGGAUCUCCGUCUUGUCGACGGCUUGAACCUGUCUACCGACGAAGCACUCCUCACCGGAGAAUCACUUCCCAUCAGCAAGCACCCGGAAGUCGUUUUGCACGAUGCCGACAUUCCCCUCGGCGAUCGUAUCAACAUGCUAUAUUCCGCUAGCGUCGUCACCCGUGGCCGAGGGAAGGGUAUCGUUGUCGCCACGGGUAUGGCCACCGAAGUCGGCAAAAUCGCUCAGUUACUGCGAGCAAAUCCUGACCCGGGCCACAACACGUCGAGAUUGCAUGCGUACUGGGGGCGCGUGAAAGCGAGCACCCGCAGCAUUCUUGGGUUGGACGGCACACCGCUCCAAGUCCAGCUUAGCAAGUUUGCUCUUCUCCUUUUUGCGCUCGCCAUACUGCUUGCCAUCAUCGUAUUUUCGGCCAGCCUUUGGAACGUCGACGACGAGGUCCUCAUCUACGGCAUCUGCGUCGGCGUCGCUGUCAUUCCCGAAUCCCUCAUAGCCGUCCUGACUAUUAGUAUGGCUGUUGGGACGAAGGCGAUGGCGAAGGGCAACGUGAUCGUGCGAAAGCUAUCCGCCUUGGAAGCCGUCGGAGGAGUUACCAACAUCUGCUCCGAUAAGACGGGCACGCUAACCCAGGGUAAAAUGAUCGCCCGGAGGGUAUGGCUUCGCGAUGGGUCUACGGCCACCGUUGAGGGCUCUACUCACCCUUUUGACCCCUCCAGCGGCGCGGUUAUCUGGAACUGCCAGACGUCAGACUCCAAAUCUGAGUUGGAGUCCACCAGUCAGUUGCCCCUCGGUGCGAGGAAAUUCAUCGAAUGUCUUUCUCUAUGCAACAACGCUACGGUAACGGAUGGAAAGUCCGCGCCGACAGAUGACACUGCCGAAACUUCGACUACUUCGACUGCAGCCAUUUCAAAUUGGACCGCCGUCGGUGAGCCCACCGAGAUCGCGCUUCAAGUCUUUGCGAUGCGAUUCGGUCUCAGCAAAUCUGUCGUCGCCCAGACAAAAGAAGUGAAUCUAUACGCAGAACACCCAUUCGACUCGUCUUGCAAGCGUAUGACUGUGGUCUACUCGUCGCCCGGCUCCGACUCGGUUGAGGUCUAUACCAAGGGAGCAUUGGAGGUUGUGCUACCGCUACUCAAUGCAACUGACGACGUCAAGGCCGAGUUUACCGCGAAAGCUGAAUCGCUCGCCGCCGAAGGCCUACGGGUGCUCUGCAUUGCUCAUAAGACGGCGACCAACAGUGCGGACCUUAGGGAGAAGCGCGAGGCUGCCGAAAGCGGCCUCACCCCUCUAGGUCUUGCCGGCCUUUACGACCCUCCCCGCGUCGAAACAGCCGAUGCAGUCAGGAGGUGCAAGAUCGCUGGUAUCUCGGUCCACAUGCUUACUGGUGAUCAUAUUAAGACCGCUACUGCGAUUGCCCGCGAGGUGGGAAUUCUCGGUGAUGAUCUUACCGCUGCGGAUGCAGCGAAUGCCGUUAUGCCCGCUGCCGCUUUCGAUGCCCUCAGCGAUCCCCAGAUUGACCAGUUGGAGAAGCUCCCGCUAGUGCUUGCCCGGUGUAGCCCUUCGACGAAAGUGCGCAUGGUUGAAGCCAUGCACCGUCGCGGCGCGUUCUGCGUGAUGACGGGCGAUGGAGUCAACGACUCACCUGCUCUGAAAAAGGCAGAUGUGGGUAUCGCAAUGGGUCUGAACGGCAGCGAUGUAGCCAAGGAGGCUGCGGACAUGGUGCUCACUGACGAUAACUUUGCUUCCAUCGUCACCGCCGUCGAAGAAGGCAGACGUCUAUUCGACAACAUUCAAAAGUUCCUGCUUCACCUCCUGAUUUCCAACAUUGCACAGGUGCUACUUCUCCUCAUCGGCCUCGCGUUCAAAGACAUGGAGGGCAAAUCAAUUUUCCCGCUCUCGCCCAUCGAGAUCCUAUGGGCGAAUUUGAUCACGUCGUCCUUCCUCGCCCUCGGUCUCGGUCUCGAGGAGGCUCAGCCAGAUAUCAUGCUGCGGCCACCCCAUGACCUGCGCAUCGGCGUCUUUACCAAGGAGAUUAUUCUCGACAAGAUGGCAUACGGGUUCUUCAUGGGUUCGCUCUGCAUUGCCUCCUUUACCUCGGUCAUCUAUACGCCUAUGUACAAUCUUUAUUCGCCAACGCUGGAGUAUAACACGCUCGGCCAUGAUUGUAAUGCUGAGUACAGCUCAUCUUGCGACAACGUCUUCCGCGCCCGCGCGACGACAUACGCCACCCUCAGCUUCCUACUCCUAUUCACCGCCUGGGAAGUCAAGCACUUUACUCGCUCCCUAUUCAACAUGUACCCGGAAACGUUCCACGGACCCUUUUCGGUCUUCAAGACGGUCUGGAAGAACAGGUUCCUCUUUGGAGCCGUCGUUGCAGGGUUCCUGAUCACAUUCCCAGUAGUAUACCUACCUGUCAUCAACAGGAUAGUAUUCAAGCACCAAUCGAUUGGCGUCGAAUGGGCUAUCGUUUUCAUCUGUGUUGUGGUGUAUAUCGCGUUAGUAGAGAUCUGGAAGGCCGGAAAGCGGCGGUUUGGGAGGGGCAUCACCGCCAGUCGCCAAACUACCGCCCGGGAGGCCUAGGUACCACCUAUCCCGAUUCGUCGGGGUUCUCGCGCGGGCCUGUAGGACAUGAUCGUUCGCUACGUGGAAUGAAUUCGGAUUUCAGGUGCGAACAGCCGCAAUGGAUCCAGUGGGGAUAGUAGGCGUUGAGGCGGUGGAUUUUACUUUCUUGUCCGUCAAUUACAUGCCCUGAUUCUUUCUCGCUCGACGCCGAUGGCAAAGGGGGCAAGUGUUCUAGGCACAGUCGGGCACACACUCACUUACGACAGAGACUUGGCUUCGGGAUACACACUCAUUAUAUAUGGACGAAGUGACGGCUCGUAGCUUACAGGGGUUGGGGGAGGCAGAUGACUAUCACACGCCAACAUGUAGUUGGGCAAAUAUUAACUACAUUCACUCCUUACCACGAUGCAAUCUACUUUAACAUGCGGGUUCCCACUGCGACCCGAGAAGAUGAUGGAUGAUAUGGGCAGGCAUAUCGCUCGUAUAUAGAAGAUCGAAUAGACAAAGACGGCCUACAUGUCUAAGCACCAUUGGGUACGAUGGGUAGAUACAACGCCAAUAAUGUAGAUGCCGAGAGAAGAGAGGACUAUAUCGUUCCGUGGGUUACAGACACGACUGCGCCGGAUAUCAACAGGGAUAGCUUACCAUGAGAACCGUGAUGUCUUUACUCAGGUCACCCAUAGUUCACCGCUCCACCGAGAGUUCGGACGUAUUUGACACAGUAAUGCCGCCGAUGCUUGAAUAAAC